UUUUGACUUCACCAUUUUUCCUCAAAACACACUUUACCAAAACAUCAUCAUUUCAACAUAACUUCCUUAAAAAAAACAAACAACAAUAACAUCAUAAUUCACAACGUUGUAAUGGCUAGAAGAACUAGAACCUAUGACAACGUUGUUGCUCAUCUUCUGUUCUCUAACAUAAUGAUCUUCUUCAUUCCUAUUGUCAUCUCCCUCAGAAGCCUCACUCCAGACAAAUCCAUCAACUAUAACGAGUUCCUAGUCUCCGAAACCGGAAAAUUCAAAGCCGGGUUCACCAACAUAGAGACUUCACCAAACAUAUACUUUUGUAUAUGGUACAAGAAUCUCAACCCAAGGACAAUUGUUUGGGUGGCCAAUAGAGAUACACCACUGCAAAACUCAACAGGAGUAUUCAAAUUCAAACUCAAACUCACUGAUACAGGAAAUCCAGUCAUAGUUGAUGGCUCGGAGAACACAAUUUGGUUCUCUAAUGCAUCAACAGUUGUAGAGAAUCCGUCUCUAUUGCUCUUGGACUCCGGAAACAUCGUUGUACAAAACGGAAGUGUUAAUGAUGUUUGGUGGCAAAGCUUUGAUUAUCCUGGUGAUACUUUAUUACCCGGGAUGAUUCUUCGAACUGAUAGAAUCACUGGAGCGCAUAAUUCUUUGAUAUCAUGGAAAAACACAGGUGAUCCUGCAAGAGGUGAGUUUUCGUAUCAUAUAGAUUCUAAUGGUUUUCCGCAACUCUUUAUUUCGAAAGGAUCGGUGUUAGUUUAUAGACUAGGCUCAUGGAAUGGAUUUUUCUUCACUGGGAUCCCUUGGGAAACACUCUAUAGUUAUUUCAAAUUUUCUUUUGAGUUGACUGAGGAACAAGUUCGAUUUAAAUAUGAACCGUUAAACGACACGAUUGUUUCGAGAUACCUUAUCACUCCGACCGGCUUCGUGCAACGUUACAUUUGGUUAUAUACGACCGAAACUUGGCAACUUUUCCUCGCUGGCCCUGGGGACCAGUGUGAGAAUUAUAACAUAUGUGGUGCGAAUUCUGAUUGUAAUGUGGGGAACCAAGAGAUAUGCAAAUGUCUCAUUGGUUUCGCACCUAAAUCGUCGAAUGAUAGUGACGGGUGUGUUAGGAAGGUGAAAUUGGAUUGUGACGAUAGAGACGGAUUUGUUAAGUAUACAAAGAUGAAGUUGCCGGAUACGUCUGAGUCAUGGUUUGAUGAGAAAAUGAAUCUUGUGGAAUGUGAGAAGCAAUGCCGGAAAAAUUGUAGUUGCAUCGCUUAUGCGAGUUUAAAUAUUAGAAAUGGUGAAAGUGGAUGCAUCAUUUGGUUCAAUAACAUCACUGAUAUGAGGACAGAAAUCUUUGUUGGGCAAGAGAUUUACAUAAGAGUGGCUGCUUCAGAAUUAGGUAGUUCAACGAAUAACACAAAGAAGAAAUUGAUAGCAGGUAUUUUACUAGGAAUCGGAAUCCUCUUUUUGGGUAUUACAACGGUCGGAUAUGUCAUUUUUCUAAAGAGGAAAAAUCUUCAGAAGUCAGGUAGGGACACGCCAAUUAACCAUGAAGAUAACAUGAAUCAUGAGAAGGAAAACAUUGACAUAUCAACUUUUCAUUUUUCUACCAUAGCUAAUGCCACUGACCAAUUCUCCCAAAUUAAGAAACUGGGAGAAGGUGGAUAUGGACCUGUUUACAAGGGUGUACUAGCAAAUGGUAGAGAGAUUGCUGUCAAGCGGCUUUCGAUUAAAUCUGUACAAGGACCACAGGAAUUUCAAAAUGAAGUUAUAUUGAUUGCAAAUCUUCAGCAUAGAAAUCUUGUGAAACUCAUUGGUUGUUGUAUUCAUAAUGAUGAAAGAAUAUUGAUUUAUGAAUACAUGCCUAACAGAAGUUUGGACAAAUUUAUUUUCGAUCGAACUAAAAGUCAAGUAUUGGAUUGGAACACACGUUUUCAUAUUAUAAGCGGGAUUGCACGAGGACUUCUGUAUCUUCAUCAAGAUUCUAGAGUAAGAAUCAUCCAUAGAGAUCUAAAAACCAGUAAUAUUCUUCUUGAUAAUGAUAUGAACCCAAAGAUAUCAGACUUUGGACUCGCUAGAGCUUUUGGCGGAGAUCAUGACGAGGCUAAUACAGUCAGAGUAGUGGGAACUCAUGGUUACAUGCCUCCAGAGUAUGCUGUAUAUGGAUCUUUUUCAGUAAAGUCGGAUGUCUUCAGUUUCGGUGUUAUUGUUCUAGAAAUUGUUAGUGGGAGGAAGAGCAGAGAAUUUUUCAACCCGGAACAUAAUCUUAACCUUAUUGGACAAGCUUGGAGAUUGUGGAGUGAGGAUAAACAAUUGGAACUGAUAGAUGAGUCCCUUAAAGGUUCAGUUAUUAUGGAUGAGGCAUUAAAAUGUAUUCACAUAGGACUCUUAUGUGUGCAAGAUAGAGCAGAUGAUAGGCCUGAAAUGUCAUCUGUUGUUCUAAUGAUGAAUGGGGAGAGAGCAUUGCCUAAUCCAAGGCAGCCAGGGUUUUAUCCACAUGAAGUUGUGUCUUACUCAAGCAAACAAGAAUUGUCAUCAACAAAUGAAAUUUCUAUUUCAAUGUUACACCCAAGAUAAUCAUGAUCUGUUUAUGUUUAAAUGAGAGUGUGCAAAUAUUUAUCACAAAAUACUUGAGGGACUAGUUCAUUAAUAAGAGUUUAAACCUGAGUUCAAACUCUUUUAGAAAUAGUUGUAAAAUGAUAGUUAGUGUCACUUUUAGUGUCAUUUUAAUUGAUAAAAACUCCUCUCUUUUCCAAUUUAUUUUAAAAAUUGGUGAACAUAUUUUUUAUCUAUGCAAAGAGAGUGAAUAUUUUUAUAUGUUGAUUUUGUAAAGAUGAGCGAUUGAAGUAUUUGAGUCGCACUCUGAUAAUUUUAUUGGACCCAUAAAUGGGUAGCGUAUGGCUAAGAAGCUCAAAUAAAGUGCUAGAGCGUAGGGUGAACAUGUACCGAGUCACCCCGCUGGCCUUGGGCAUUCUCCGGGUCGCGCCCAGUAGGCCGAGUCGCCUAAUCUGAAUUAGGAUUCAGGUUUGCUCGUUUAUGGCACAAGGCAUGUGUCGUGCCCAAAAAACAACGAUUUGGAAUGAAAAUC